GUAUCUAAAUCAUUCUAACUGGUUCUGUUGGGUUCUAGGCAGCGAUAGGUUCUAAAGCCUUGGACAUGGCCCGUGUGUCGGGGGAUGAGGUUCUGGUGAAGUACGGUCUGGAUGUUCUGACUGUGGCUGUUCUGGCCAUCCUCACUACAGCACCUAUAGGAGCCCUGGGGAUCGGCCUGGCAGGGCCCAGACUGCUGACCAGACACCCGGAGGACACACACGCAGACAGGAAAGAGGGUGACUUGGAGGCAGACACGGAGACGCCGCAGAAAGACAUGGUGACCUUCGAGAGCAAAUUAUAACGAGAGGAGAGGAGAGGAGAGGAGAGGAGAGGAGAGGAGAGGAGAGGAGAGGAGAGGAGAGGAGAGGAGAAAGGGACAGGACUUGGGGAGGGGAGGGGAGGAGAUGGAAGGGGAAGGAAAGGGAAGGGACGAUAAGGAGAGGAGGCAUUUAGAUAAUUGAAAUUCACCAGAAUUUAAUAAUGACAGUUUCGCUGAUAUAGAUGGCUGUAUUUACUGUCUUUACAUUAAUGGUUUUAAAACAUUGUUUUGUUUUAUUGUUGUUUCACAGAAGUAUUCAUCUUGUAUGAAAUGUAGAAUAAAAAAAACACAAUUUGUAAA